AUGGCCGAACCGACCAUCAGCGACGACUUCAACUUCACCACGCCCGCCAGACCCCUGACAUGGCUGAUAACGGGCUGCUCCUCGGGCUUCGGCCUCGCCAUCGCGCGGCAAGCCCAGGCCAAGGGGCACAGGGUGAUCGCGACCUCCCGCAACCCAUCCAAGACCCCAGAGCUGGUGCGCGAGAUCGAAUCCAACGGCGGCAAGUGGGUGCCUCUCGACCUCGACGACCCUAACAGCGCCAGCGUCAUCAACGACCUGGAAGCGGAGGGCAUCGGGAUCGACGUGCUCGUCAACAACGCGGCCUUCGCCCUCCUCCACGCCGCCGAGUUCAUCACCGAGGACGAGGUGCGCGCGCAGUUCGAGACCGUCUUCUUCGGGCCGUACAGGCUGACGAGGGCCGCCCUGCCGCACAUGCGCAAGAGGCGGUUCGGGAUCAUCGUCAACAUCAGCACCGGGGCGAGCUUGGAGGGCCGCGAGAGCAUGGGGAUUUACUCUGCGUCCAAGGCUGCUUUUGAUGGACUCACAAAGGUUCUGGCCAAAGAGGUCGCAGAGUUCAAUGUGCGGACGCUCACAGUAUACCUGGGCGGCUUUAACACCCGCUUUCCUUCGUCCCUGAGGACUGGCAAAGAGCCGCUGUCUGGUGAUUAUGACGGGUCAGCCGUUGGCAAAGCACUCGAAUUCAUGCAUGGAGGCAAGUAUGUUCCCGACGGGGACACGUCGAAAGGUGCUAGGGUCGUAUACGACGUGGUUAUGGGCGAGGGAAUCGGAGCUGGCAAGGAAGGAGAGCCGAAUCUACCCUUAGGUAGGGAUAUGGAAGCUCGUACUAAACUCGUCCGGGAUCGCAUGGACCAUUGUUGGGAAGUGUUCGGCGACGCUGCUACCAAUGUAUAUGUUGAAGCAGAGAAUUGA